AUGCUGCAACCGCGCCAACGUCUCACUGCAGAUCCAACAGUGAGUGUUGCUGAUCUCUGCGGGCCUCUUGAAACCUACAUGGAUCAAGAGCGUGAGAACAAUGUUUUCAAGGUUUUGGAGCCGCCCCCCCAAGCCAGUUGGAAGAGUGGUUGUCCUACUGGGUGGUUAAGUGGUUUGGCUGACCUCUUCAAAGCCUACGUGAUUGUGGCGCCCAAGACCAUCGUGAGUGCCAAAAAGCACAAACAAGCUAUGCUCAGGCUUUUGGAGACCAAGAAGUGGGGACAUUCGAAGAAGAACAAUGAUGAUGCAGCUGACAUGAUGGAUGAUUGGGUGCGCAUUGGGUUGGCACACUUACGUAUUUUGAAACAACAUGCAGACAAAAGAGAACAAGCAUUCCGAAAAUGCGACAAAGCACAGCGCCAAGCCUUAGACAGCAUCCUUGCUUUGAUCAAUGUCGAUGUGGGUAGCCAACUCGCCCUUUGCCCUGUGGAUGGCGACAGCCAACAAUCUGCAGAAGCAUCACCCUCCCCUUCGCCCCCACACACGACGAGCAAUCAGAGCAGCCAGCCCGUGAACCCAAAAUCAGUGUCUAUGGAUUUCAAUGCAAUCUUUGAUGGAGUCUUGCAAGAAAGUGAGGAAGAUGAACAGAAAGAAAUCAAGAUUACAUACCUCAAGCAGCCUUCCUCAACUGGCGCCUCCAGCUCAAAAGCAACCCAAGAUGCUGAGAGCCCAUCCCCCCAGAAAAAAAACAUCUUCAGCCUCCACAUGACUGAAGAAGAGAAAGACUUGAUGAAAAGCGCAGCAGAGGCAGAACCCAUUGCAAGAGACGGCAAAUCCCAAAACCAAAGGAUCAAUGCCAUUGCGCCCAAACCAAAGAAGAAUGCGAAAGGAAAGAAGAAGAAUGCGCAGAAGAAAACAGAAAGCAAAGAGAAGAAGACCAAAGGAGAUGCAGAAGAGCAAUCCACCCGAGCCCCCAUGAAACGACCCGGUGCAGCCCCGGAGACGCUGGGCUUGACACAAAAUGAAGAUGAGGACAAACUCAAGGAACGUAUCCCUGAAGGAAUUGUUGAAGCAGCAUUGAAUCUCACCAAAGACCUUGAUCCAGCCGAAGUUUCCCGAGAGGUUCGACGACAGCGAACAACCAGCAAUGCAUACCACCGCAGUGAAGUACUGUUGAUGAGGCAGGGCAUGUGCAAAGAGGAUGCGCAGGCAGUGGGAAGGGCCAAAGCCAGCACCCUGAAGAAGAAGAUCCCCAAAGAAAAGACGAAGAACAUGAAGAAGAGCAAAGAGGAACAGAUGGGCACCCAAGAGAUCGAGAAGACCGAGGUCCUUGAAGAGACUGCGAUGAACUCGGAGAACACGCAGAAGAACCCUGAGGAUGUUGACUGA